CUUCAUUUUCUUGCCUUUUUUUUUUAAAUUCGGAUGCAAGCAUAAACAAUAUGCAGAAUCAUACAUGGAUGAUUGCGGUGAUGGUCUGCGCGAUUUUCUUUCACACAUGCUUUGUUUCAGGAGACCCAACAGAGGAUUUCAAGAUUGAGAGGUUGCCAGACCAACCCAAUGUCACUUUUCAACAAUAUUCAGGCUAUGUCUAUGUGGAUAGUGCAAAAACUAGGGCUCUUUUCUUCUACUUUGUUGAAGCAGAAACUCAGCCUGAAUCAAAGCCUCUUGUACUUUGGCUUGAUGGAGGUCCUCCUUGUUCAGCAGUUGGACAGGGAGUAUUUAUUGAGCAUGGUCCCUUUAGGCCAAAAGGAGAUAUUCUGACCAAGAAUGAGUAUAGCUGGAAUAGAGUGGCAAAUAUGUUGUACCUAGACGCACCAGCAGGAGCUGGUUUCUCUUAUUCAACCAACGAGUCAUACUACAACUAUUUGAAUGAUGACAUGACUGCCCAAGACUCACUAGAGUUUCUGAACGGCUGGUUUGCCAUAUUCAGUAAGUACAAGGAAUAUGACUUUUACAUUGGUGGAGAGAGUUAUGGACCUCACUUUGUCAUACCACUUGCGAAGCUUAUUGUUGAUAAGAAACUUCCUUAUAAACUCAAGGGGUUAGCUCUCGGAAAUCCGCUUCUGGAAUUCAAUACUGACUUGAACGCGCGGGAUCUGUACUAUUGGUCCCAUGGAUUGAUUUCAGACGAUGUUUACCAUCGUACCCUGACUGUUUGCAACACCUCUCAAUACUGGAGGGAGUCGCUCAGAGGCAAUAUUUCUGAGGCGUGUAAUGCUACUUUUAACCUUUCUGUCCAACAAAGGGAUGUUGUUAAUCUAUAUGAAGUCACUGGUGAUAAUUGUUUAUCAUCCGAUACAUCACAGUCACAGAGGGACGAUCUCAAUCUGGGGCGUAAAACUAAGAUAUUUGGAACAUAUGUAGACCUCUGUGCAUCAGAUACUGUAACCAAGUACCUGAACAGGGAAGAUGUGAAGAAAGCUCUUCAUGCAAAACUUGUUGGAUUCACCUCUUGGGCACUUUGCAGCGACGAGGAAGUUGUGAGAUAUGAUGACAGAGACGCACAGAUACCAAUGGAUGGCCUCUUAGGCUCCUUGGUUAAGUCUGGCCAUAGGACCCUUGUUUACAGUGGUGAUCAAGAUGCGGUUUUACCAUUCUUUGGCACUCGAACUCUGGUAGAUGGAAUUGCAAACGCAUUAAACUUGAACACAACUACUCCAUAUCGAACUUGGUACGAGGGAAGACAGGUUGCCGGAUGGACUCAAUCUUAUGAUGAUGGGUUGCUAACCUUUGCUACCAUCAGGAAAGGAAAUCAUCAAGCUCCCUAUAAUCAACCGGCAAGAUCACUUACACUGUUCGAGGCAUAUCUUGCAGGGAAACCACCUCCGGAACAGUGACAGCUCCAUGUAUGUUUAUUUCAGUAAAAUAUCAUGUGAUUCAAUCCUACUGUUUUAAGGCAUGUUCAUUUCAUUGUAAUGUCGUCGUAUAUAAGUAAAUAAAAGAGCAGAGCUCUAACAUCUAAAGGGCUGAACAGCUAUGAUUUUGAAUGUA